AGUGCGGGCUUUGUGAAGAUGAUCGCACCAGAGGGGGCGUUAGUUUUCCACGAAAAAGCCUGGAAUGCUUAUCCAUACUGUCGUACGAUUGUGACUAAUGAAUACAUGAAAGAUGACUUCAUGAUUAAAAUUGAAACGUGGCACAAACCUGACACAGGCUCUUUAGAGAAUGUACAUGAUCUGGAUCCCACCACAUGGAAGACAGUGGAGGUUGUGCAUAUCGAUAUAGCCGAUCGGUCUCAGGUCGAACCUGGAGACUAUAAACUGGCAGAGGACCCAGCAAUCUUUCACUCAGAGAAAACUGGCCGGGGACCUUUAGGGCCAGACUGGAAGAAAGAGCUCUUGGCUAAGACGGACACCCCUCGUAUGUGUGCAUACAAACUAGUCACCGUCAAGUUCAAGUGGUGGGGCCUUCAAACUAAAAUAGAGAACUUCAUCCACAAGCAAGAGAAGAGGAUCUUCACCAACUUCCACCGUCAGCUCUUCUGUUGGAUUGACAGCUGGGUGGAGCUCUCCAUGGAGGACAUCCGCCGGAUGGAGGAGGAGACGCAGCGACAGCUGGAGGAGCUUCGUAAUACUGGUCAGGUUCGAGGCACCAGUGCUGCUCACGAACAAUAAGGCUGAACUUCAAGAAUCCAACCACGACGACACUUGACGAAAGACAUCACCGCAUCCAACCAAACCGGCCAGUGGUGGCGCCGUCCUCCUCCACCAGACCGCAGAAUGACCCCGUGAUCAGUAGUACUGUUCUCACACACCUGCCGACAAGGUGGACACACUUUCACGCUCAACCUGUUUUUAGAUUCAGGCAGGUUGAUCCAGUGAACUUCCCACUUUGUUAAAAAUAUCUUGAGUUUUACUGUAUUGGUUGUGUUGUUCGAUUUCAUUUUGGCAGGCAUUGGACCAAUUCUUUGUGUUUUAGUUUGGUUUUAUCUGUUUGUAAUGGUUCAGAUCUUUAUUUUUCUUGUUUGUGUUUAGUCUCUCCCCCCCGCCCAGAAUCACUUCUUUUGAUUCUUUUAAAUUCCUAAUCAUGUUUUUAAUUAGUAGAUUUUUAUUUCGCAUCAGCGUAGUCCUGCCUACCAUGUCUAGUUUUUCUAGGUAAAAUGUGUGAUGCUACUGCACGGCAUGCACAUUUGUGCAAAAACACACGUCCACCUCGCAAAACCUUUUCCACGGGUGGCUUUUGCAUGAGCUCAGGCAUCUAAUCGGCUGUUUUUGAGAGGGUCUUCAUGUUCUCAAGACACUUUGCGUGAUGUAACCCCUCAGGACUCUUCAGGUUCUCCUCACCAAAAUCCAAACUAGUUACUGGAGCAAAUCACCGGCGCUGCCGCUGCUGCUUUUUCUUACUUGCUUUAGGACAGUCAAAGUGCUUUUAUAUCGCUAAUCUACCUGCAACGCCCUCAGGGUUCCCACAGUCUUGGAAAAUCCUGGAGAUGUCAGGGAAAAAUUGUGAUUUCCAGGCCUGCAAAAGUCUGUUCAUUACAAGUUUACUAACAGAAAAUAAUUCCCCUAAAUAAUUAUAAUUAAAAUUUAAAAUAAAUAGUCUCUAAUCGCUAUUUCAGUAAUGCAGUUGCAAUGCACGUGAACCGUGUUGACAUUUAAAAGCUGAAGUGUGAUGAUUCUUGAUCUUGCUAUUAUUUAAUCUAAAAUUAAAUAAUAAAAAAAUGUCAUUUCUGAGGUGUAACUACUUUUCCAGGUGGAUGGAUCUGUUUACUGACGUGCAAACAGCAGUGACUCCUGUCUGGUAUCCUUGCGCAUAUUAUGCAAAUGUUGCUGCGGUUGUCAUGACAACAGAUUUAAAUUCGGUGUCACACAGGCACAGUCAGGAAGAGAUUCUAGUGCACAAGUCUCAUGGUUUUAGUGUGUACUUGACUUGCAUUUUUGAAUGCAUUAACGUAACGGCAUUUUUUGCCUGACAAACCUAAAAUUCCUACGAUCAACAUGCUGUACCCAAAAGAUUUCUUUAAUUAAAUCAUAAGGUAUAAAUUCAUAUAUUUAUAUAGUGUAUUUUGCAGUCUCUGCAAAAUGAUUGAUCAGAACGUGUGGGAACCCGGAGCUCUGCACAUGAAUGUGUGCGUAGAUGCUUUAACAGACGCUUAGGACAAAGAGGAGAACUUUGUAAAUGCAUUGUAAAGAGCUUGAUAUCUGUAUAACGUACCAGGUCAGAGUAUUGGGAUGUGCAGGUAGAAUAAUUCUACUUCCUGUCUUCCUCGUCUCUGGCCGUCCUGCACCAGCUCAGAUCAUCCAGCCUAACAAAAAGUGUCUCUGCUGUCUGCGCUUGACCUGCGCAGUGCAGGGCUGUUUUAUCUCCUCCUUUAUUAGUAACAGGUUUUUAACGUGUACGGUUCUCUGUCCAGAGCGACAGACAGAUUGGGAUUUUCAUCAUAUAUUGUAGUCAGUGCAUUAGUUUUAAUAGUCAGGCUUUCAUGGACAGCUGAUGGCCAGAGUUAGUGCCUGAUGUCUGCGAUGAAACUGCGAUCCUGUAGCACUGAUUGUCUAGUUAGAAUUGCACAUUUGUGAUAGUUUUCAAGCCUGAAUGUGGCAUACAGCACGUUUCUUCUAGGUUUGCGUGUUUUGUUUCUUAACGUCCCUCUCAUUUCAAGGUCCACGAAUGUUCACGCUAUCAUGCAACCCGUCAGGUUCGGCCUCAGCGGCACAUUUAUGGCAAUCAAGAAGACGUUUUCACUUACCUGUGUUCCUCUUCUCAUAGAUCCAGCUUGGAGGAAGUCAGGUUUUGAUAUUUUUUCAUAUGUUCUCUAGAUCAUAAUUGAGGAAUCAGUGCACUGACGUCUUUUCAGACAUACUGUCUCCAGUCUCACGGAUCGGGUGGUUUACUUUUGUACAUGGCUUUUAGGCUAGCGGGGACUGGCAAGGGUUUUAGAUAUAAUGAAUGAAUCAUAUUGUAAUCAAAGCAUAGCUGCGCACUUGGAGAAUCUACUGUUUUUUCUUUUAUUUUUCUUGGGGAAUUACACAAUGCUGUUUUACUGUUUUGUUUUUUUCUCUCUGAUUGUUUGUUUGAAAAUCGGGAAAUAUCAGUGAAUGUAAAAUGGUGUGCUUUUUUUUUUUUUUCAAUUUUUUUUUCUUUCAGCUCUUUUUCUUGAAUUGGUUAUAAAGUUAACAAUUAACAGUAUAUCUAAUAAAUUUCGAGUCAUGCUUGGUCUUUUAUUUUUAUUGUGGUUUUCCAUGCUUUAAUGUCUUGCCUUUAGAUACAAGUCA